UUGUUCCUUAGUCAUGCCCGCCGCCAACCGCUUUACCAACCCCACUUGUCCGCACCAACCGGCUCUGGUUUGCCCCAGGAAAAGCGGAAAGCGGCUAAUGACACGUUUGACGCACGCCCCGUGCCUACACUUCCGCCCACAAAGCUGCCUUUGGAUUUCACACCGGAGCGCAUCCCAAUCCUUCUGACGGACACGUCCGCAAAGCCAGAGGACACCAGGGCGCUUGAAGCUGUCAUUCGAGAGAGCGAUGCAGUGGUCGUCUGUUUCGAUCCUAGGAAACCAGCUACACUUGAAAGCGUGCGGACCUCCUGGUAUCCUCGAGUACAGGCAGUCAAUCCCGAUAUUCCAAUAAUCCUGGCAUGCUGCAAAGCCGAUCGGCUAUCCGACCGCGACCCGCAGACUGUGCGCGAGCGGGUGGAGCGGGUGGCUCGGGACCUGCCCAAUGUGGAGUGUUGUCUGAACUGUUCGUCCAAGUACAACAAGAUGGUGCAUGACGUGUUUUACCACGCGCUCAAGGCGGUGCUGUAUCCGCUACAGCCGCUGUACGACAGGACGGAUCGCGUUAUACGGCAGGCGGCUAUACGAGCGCUUAAGCGCAUCUUUAUUAUAUUCGAUGCGGACAAGGACGGCACUCUGUCCGACGCGGAGGUCAACGCCUUCCAAUCCAUGUGCUUCGGCAUCUCGCUAAGCGCCGAGGAGCUUCGGGGAAUAAAGCAGGUUGUACGGCAGCAAGUACCCAACGGCUACACGGACACGGGCCUUACGCUGGAGGGCUUCCUGUUCCUGCAGGCACGUGGCCUGUUCAUUGAACGCGGCCGAUUGGAGACUGUUUGGCAGGUCCUGCGGCGAUUCGGUUACAACGAUCAGCUGCGGUUGAGUGAUGAGCUGCUGGACCGGGUCAAUGUUCACCUGCCGCCUGACCAGGUCUUGGAGCUGAGCGACAUCGCGGUGACGUUCCUGCGGCAGCAGUUCACGUUGUACGACGCACGUGACGAAGGGAUGCUGAGCUGGGAGCAGCUACAGGGGCUCUUCAGUACGGCACCGUCGUUACCCACCGAGUGGCAGAACGAGCGUGUCAACCGGCUCAUGGUUUGCGGCACGUACGGCGCCGUACACAACAUGGACGCGUUCAUCGCGCGUUGGCGCUACUGCGCUCUGACAGACCCACGGGCCACUCUGGCGCAUCUGCUGUACCUGGGGUAUGAGGGCUCGCCGGGCGAUCUGCUUGUACGGCGGCAGCGGAGACGGCCGGACAAACGUCACCGCGAAGAGCUUGUGGAGAGAACGACGGCGCUUUGCUACGUGCUCGGUACCGGCGGUUGCGGGAAGUCCACACUGCUGCGAGCACUUGCGGGGCGGAGGGCGGAGGGCGACCAGGCGGGAGGGGGACCAGGCGGCAGCGGCGCCGCGGCGGCGGCUGGCGGGGCACCGUCACUGACGGCGUUGGCGACCGUCACGUGCGACGACGGACGGGACCGCACUCUUGCGUUGGUUGAGGAGCAGCCGCCGCCGCCGCCGCCGCAGCAGCAGCGAGCCUGCUACCGCCCUUCGCUAUCUCUUCCCACCCCCCAACCACCUCUACUACCACCACCAGCACCACGAGUACGGCAAUUCCCUCGACCCCCACCGCCGCCAUCUCUGCUGCAGCAACAGCGGCAGCCGCCGGGGCUGCCGUCGAGUCAUCGUCGGCGCCGACGGCCCCCAGUCCUGGUCCCAGCUCAGCGCCGACGCCGACGCCGCCGUCGCCUGCGGCGGGCUUUUUCUCCCAGGCUGCUGCUGGUUCCGGAGCUGUGUAUAGCCUGCCGGAUUUGGCCCGUUGCGAUUGUGCGGUGUUUUUGUUUGACAGCACCAGCGCGGACUCUUGGGCCUGGGCGCACAGGUCCAUGCUUACGCUGUGUGGAUUACCGGGGUAGCUGUGAGACCCUGCCGGUGCUGCUGGUGGCCACCAAGGACGAUGUGGGCAUGAACGGCGAGCUGCGGGAGAGGGUGCUGGCAGCGAGUGGGGAGCUGUCACUGCCGGACCCGCUGCCGGUGGCGGCAGCAGAUAUGGCCGCCAUGGGCGGGGUCUUCAGGCAAAUCCUGUCCGCCUCGUUCCUGGCCCCCGAGGCGCACAUCCCCGAUACACCCGUACGUAAAGACCGACGCCGUCUGCAGCGCCGUCUCGUGGUGGGCGGAGUGGCGCUGACUGCCGCAGCCCUGGGCGGUUACUGCCUCUACACCAUGUACAUGGGCGGAACCGCUUCAGGGACGGAGGCCAGCAGCGGCGGCAAGGCCGGCGCCGGCGGCAGCGGCGGCGGCGGCUCCGCCGCCGCUAGCGGUCCGCCCGUGGUGGUUGGCGCAGGAACCGCCGCGUCAUCGGGGACGGCGUCUGUGGUGGCUGCUGAAGGGGCCGCGCUUCCGGAGGGGUCGUCUCUGGCUGAGCGGCUGAGCUCGUUGUUCUCUAUGUCCGGGGCUUCGUUCACUGCACGAUAA